CAGAGAGCCAAGAGCGAACGAGAAAGAGAGAGAUGUCUCUGGUUGAUUACGCUUCAUCAUCUGAAGACGAUGAUGCAGAAGUCAGAGAAGAAGGAGAAGGAGAAGAAAGAGGAGGAACAGAAGCGGAAGGAUUAGAAGAACGAAAAGAAGAAGAGCCCUUGCCUUCAGCGGUUAAUUCUCAUAACCGAACAAUAUCCCCUUCACAUCAACAGCCAGCUAGUGCCUCACAUUUACCGGCACCUUCAAUUGAGAAUCUUCCAGAUGCAUCACUACUCCUUAGUUCUCCUGCUUUCGUGUCUCAACAAAUGAGUGGCACUGAUCACUACUCUAAAGUUGCGGCUGCUAUGGCAGAAAGUACAUCACGGAAGAGAGAGGUAAAUGGGUCAGCUUCUUCUCAUCUCCAAAGUAAACUUCCAAGAAGAGACUCGCCUCAUCCAAGGAACGUUCCAGACACUGCAAGUGGUCUUCUAGUCCCACCUCAGCUUAGUGGAAGGAGCAAUGUUGUUACAGAAGAUAUAAGCAAGCUGUUUGUAAAAAGACAUUAGACACGCUUAAUGCUCUUCACACUGGGAAUCUCCAUGUUAGCAGCGGAUUCUUUUAAAGUGUGAUAUUGUUUUACUAACAACUAUCAACAUUUGCAUCUGUACAAUUUUAGGAGGGUCCCAGCAUCCUCAUGUGGAAUGCUGGUUCUGUUGUACCUUCAUUUCCUAAUGUGCAUGUUGGUUAUUUAGGUU